AUGACGGACGAACAAUAUCUAAAAUGGCUACAAAGCAGUAUAGAUUAUAUGUUUUGCAAGUAUGAUUUACUUCAAAGCGCAUUGAUAACGCCGGGAUUCACAGGAGACAAAGUUGGGGACUGGGAAAAGAAGAAUGAAUACGAGGGCAAUCGUACCUUGGCCCACAUUGGAGAUAGUAUUGUUCCAUUGGUUAUACGACAUAAACUGCUUCUUGUUGAUGGGAUGUCGCGCGCUGUGGCGAGUGAUACGUCAACUUGUAUUGCUAGCAGGAAACAUCAGGAGGAAAGGGCAAAUCUCCUUGGAAUUGCUACUCACUUGAAAUUGAAUAAAAGUUUGAAUGGAAAAGCGAACUCUACUACUUUGCGACUAGCACUUUGUUCAAUCAUCGGUGCUGCUUGGCUGGAUUGUGGUCAGAACUUUGCAAUCAUAACGAAGGUUGUACACCGUCUUCUCAUAGACCCUAUGAUUCUUGAUAAAAAUCCAAGGAAAAUUUUUCCUGAAGAUGCAGUAGUCAUGGUUCCAGGCUUCUCUGACGAGUGCACAUUCAGCUACGAAACACCGAGCACAUAUUUAGCAAACAGUUCGUUAGAGAUGUUAAUAGCAGAUCCGAUCGACGAUUAUAACUGUUUUCAAGUGUUCCCAGGCGAUAACUUUCUAAAUACAACCAUCAGUUCCGAGGCUACGGAUAUUGUCCAUCAAUAUCAGGAUGCUGCCGCAUCAAACCAAACACAAGAUGCCACAGCUCUAGACACAGCAUCUUCUGUUGACCCAACGGCAUCCAUUCCGAUGCUUUUCAGUGGCUCAGCCCAUAGUCAUGACGCUUGUCAAACAAUGCCUAUCUCUGAGCCUGGAAAUGCUUCUAAAAUAUCUAUCAAGAAAAGAAAAAGAAAAUCGCAUAUGGAUAGCGUUCAUAGUCGGGUGUCAAUAUCCGAUUAUCUGAGUGAUUAUAUGAGACUUGAAAAAGAGCGAUGUCAUAAUUUGGGCUCUUCGUUUACCAAUGAUGACUUUGAUAUGGCGAUGAAAAUAGCUUCUCCAGGUCUAAAGCCAGACGACAUUAUCUUUAAUCAACUGAAGAUGCUAUACUUUGCGAUCGGGAGUGGGGAGUCACUAGUAUCUUUGAGAAGCCUGCUUAAAAUCAGACGGCGCUCGGUGGCCGGAAAAUCACCCAUGGAAACAAACUCUUUAACGAUAGUAGAGAGGAUGAAACAAGUUGAGCAUCUCAAUACGAAGAUUGCUUAUAAUGUUUUUGAGAGGAGGUAUCACAUUUACCAUCUUUAUACUGAAAGUCGCUCGUUACAUAACAAAACAAGUGAUGGAUUUGUCAACACCACGAGUCAAAGUAUCUUGACAAAUAGUGCAUCGAGAAUGGGAAAUCCUCUUAAUCUUGAUGAAAGCCAGGUCACGAAGAAAAUGCUUAAUCUGUUGCAUCCUAACUUAGAUCCUGGUACUACAGAAUACCAAAAAAAGCUUCGAAAUAUCAGCAAAAUCAGAAAGCUGGGCGAACGAUUCGAAAUUUUGGUUAGGAAGUUUGGGUACGGUAUAAUCGGAUUGCUACCAUUACCAGUAGAUGAUAUUGCUACUGAAUCAGCGGUCUAUACCAGUGACAGUCUUGUUUCAUCCAGCAACGACACCGUAUUCUUAUCGUUUGUCCAGUGUCUUGAUCAAUUAAAAGGCAAGAUUCUGAGAGACAUCAGCUCUGCUGUUUGCCCGAUUGUAACGGUUCUUUUUGAGAAAAAAAUAGAUCCGUUCUGGACAUUUCCUAUCGAGCAAUUUGAUACGAAGCAAAUUUUACAGUAUUCUAGUGGGUCACGACAGCUUCUAGAGUUGAUCUCUGGUCAACAAGAUAGCAAUUUUUCUGGAGUAAUUAGGGGUGUGGAUAGUUUCUUUGCAUGCACAGGUGAUAGUGGCUUUGAUGUAUGCGAGUAA